CCCAGGCCCCCAAUCGGGAAGCAAACCAUUCUUAAGCGAAUGUGGCACGCUUGCAUGUCAGCAUGUGCGAUUUAUUUAAGACUGUCAUGUCUCUCAUUCAGCUACCCCGGUGAUCCAUUUCAUGUUGUUUACGCCGGACAACAGCCUCUGCGAUGCUCACCUCACGCGCGACCCCCAUCACUUUCCGCCACUACUCAGCACACCUCAGAGUUGCUACCAUAUGCAACCACAAAACACGCUCAUUCCACGCCACCUAUUCAGUGAAAUCCGACCAAAAUCAUGACAUAAUCGUCGUCGGGGCCGGCAUUGCUGGAGUUUGCACAAGCAUCGCAGCCGCGGAAAGCGGCGCCAAAGUCCUUCUCCUAGACGAUGCACAUGGCGGCGGAGCAUCCGCGCUCUCAGGUGGCGUAGUUUACGCCGGCGGAGGAACGCGACAGCAGAAAGAGGCCGGCUACGGCCACGACACCCCGGAGAACAUGCUCGCCUAUCUUAAGGAGGAAACGGGAGACGCAGUCAAUGAGAAGACUCUCCGGCGCUUCUGCGACGAAAGCGUAGCGCGGCUUGAGUGGCUCGAAAAGCACGGCGCACGGUUUGAGGCCUCGCUGUGUCCUUACAAGACCAGCUAUCCGACAAAUAAGCAUUAUCUCUACUUCUCGGGGAAUGAGAAGUCGCACCCGUUUAAUAAACUGUCGAAGCCGGCGCCGAGGGGACACCGGAUGGUGCAGCCGGGGUUCUCUGGUUCUGCGCUGUGGCAGGCGCUCUUUGACUCUGCGAUACGUCUGGGAGUAGAUUUCAAGCCGGCGUCUAAGGUCCAGCAGGUUCUUUUCAAUGAAAAAAAGGACAAGGUCAGCGGAGUUGAGAUCAAGACGUUGCCUGAUACCAACUCGCUGUUCCAAAGGCACAAGGGCCUCACGCAAAAGACAAAAAAGUACCAGCUCAUGGCGUCCCAGCUAGCCGACGUCUAUCACCAAAAGGCAAACAAAAUCUGGCAAGAGCAUUCCGCCUCACAGACAAUACACGGUGAAGCGAUAGUCUUGAGUGCCGGCGGCUUCGCUUUCAACCCCGAGCUGAGACAGAAAUACCUCCCCGAAUUCUCCAGAGUCGCUCCGCUCGGGACCAAUGGUGAUGACGGAUCUGGAAUCAAGAUCGGGCAGGCAGCGGGAGGAUCAGUAUCAAACAUGAACAAUAUGUCUGCGUGGCGGUUCUUGUAUCCUCCAACGGCCCUGCUCGAGGGCGUUGUCGUAUCUCAGGCUGGAGAGCGCAUGGGUGCGGAGGAUGUCUAUGGGGCUGCACUCAGCGAAACCAUGAUACGACAACAUGGGGGAAAAGGCUUCUUGAUUCUCGACUCGGAUCAAUGGGCGAAAGUAAAGAAACAAGUCUUCCAGCAGACCAACAUGCCUCUCUUGAUUCAGAGACUGCAUUGGCUCUAUUGGAGUUACAAGAAAGCUGGCUCUUUAGCAGCGCUCGCCGGCAAAUUGAACAUCUCAGCCGACGGUCUGGGGUCGACAGUCAAGACCUACAAUGACGCGAUCGCUAGCGGCAAAGACGAUCCGAUGCACAAGGAGGCAGACUACUGCAGCCCAGUGUCGAAGGGUCCGUUCUAUGGUGUUGAUAUAUCUUGCCGCACUGAGGGAAUCCAAGCUGUCAAUGGACUGACGCUUGGCGGACUGCGCGUGGACGGCGAGACUGGGCUAGUCCUGGCCGAAGAUGGUAGCAAAAUCGGUGGGCUGUAUGCUGCCGGGCGAAGUGCUGCUGGAGUAUGCGCCAACGGGUACGUCAGCGGCCUGUCCCUCGCCGACGGGGUGUUUUCGGGGAAGAGAGCAGGUGAACAUGCUGCUCAACGUUCAUAGAGUCUGGCGGCAUCAACUGUUUCUUCGGUGUUGUGGAUCGAUGAUGUGAAUAUGCCGGAAUGCAAUGGCCGGCUCGAAAUGAGAAAAAGCCUAAGCAAAAUGCUCUUCGUAGGUCCUUCAAGGUGGA